AUGAUUAGAACAGGUUCGAACGUUCAAAUUCAAAAAUUGCAAAUACCACUCUAAUAAAUCAGCCCAUUUAAAGGUCAAAUCAGAUAUAGCAAUCCAUAUUCAGAUACACCUAGCACACCUUAAAAAUCUAUAAUUUGUUAAUAAAUUAGAGGAUCAUCAACAUUUACACCUAAUAAAAGCUAAUAGCAAUUUUAUUUUAAAGAUAAUUCUAAUACAAUUGAAAGUAAAAUACAAUCAUUGGUGAAUGAGAAUUGUUAUCUUAAUUAGGAAUUAGAAAAAGCAAGAAAUGAAUUAUAACAUAAUGCUUAAUAAUAUGAAUAAUUACACAUAAUUAAAGAGAGAGUUAGUAAGUUAGAAGAACUAAUAGACACACAAUAAAAUGAAAUUGAAAUAUGGAAAUUAAAAUAUUAAAAAGCAGCAGCUGGAGAUUCUAAACUAGAAAUACAUUAAAUGGAAUAAUAGAUAUUUAAUGUUAUUGAUGAAAACGAAAGAUUGAAUAAAAUUAUUUCUAAUUUAGAAUAAUAACAAUAAGAAAAGGAUUAAGAGAUAAAAUCACUUAUGAUGACAAUUCAAAAAUAAGAACUUGAAACAAAGAAACAAAAAGAUAAAUAAAUAUUAAUUGAGAAAACAAAUAAACCUGCUGUAUCAUGUAAUCCAUUUGCAAUUGAAAAUAAAAAAUAAUCAAAGUCUUCUAUUUGUGAUUUAAAGUAAAGUAAAUGCAAAAUAAAUGACCAAGAUUCCAUGGCAAACAGAAAGAAGAGUGAUAAUACCCAAAAAUAAAUCUAGAUUAAAAAUUAAUAGGACAUUAGUGAUUUACAAAAUUAGAUCAAAUAAUUAUAAAUAGAUAAAUAAUAGUUAGAGAUAAUCGUAGAGGAAUUAUAAUAAAAAUUAUAAGACAAAAACCUUGAAAAAAGCGAGAUAAAGGAUUCUUAAAAAGAUUUGAACUUAGAUUAAAAUAUCUAAAUAUUAAAGCAAGUAAUAGUCAAAUAAUAACAAAUAGGAAGUUUCAAAUUAGUAAAUUCUGAUACUUGAAGAAUUCAAAAAGUAUAAAAACUGUUAGUAGUAAAAUUAAAUAAUUAAAGAACAAAUUCUUUAAUGGGAAUAAUCAUUAAAGUCACUUAAUAGUCAAAUAUGUAACACGAAUGAUCAAGAAGUAGAUUGUAUAGAUGCUGCUAUUGAGGAAUUCUAAAGUAGCUCAGCCAAUUGCUUAAAAUUAAUUGAUUAAUUCUAGAAAUGA